AUGUCUUGGGAGAUACAAGAUCGCCAUCUAUGGAUCGGCUUCGGUGUCUUUCUCUUUGUCGCCGUCAAAGGCAUUGAACGAUGCCUUCGGACUACCGUCCAACUAAGCGAGAUCUAUGAUCCCGACCAUGCAAAGGCUGCUAAUGGCACUCAGGCAGAGGAUUCGAUAAGUCUCGAAGCCUUAUCGACUCUGGUCACAUCGCCGAAUCAGGACAUCUCCAAUUCUGCAACCUCCCUGAUUCUCUCUCGCUUCGCUCAGGACGACUCGGCAACCUCAUCUUUGACCAACGACCUCUUCUCCUCCUCGGCAGACACACGUCUUCGCGCAAAACGCACCCUCGACCUCUUUGACAGUCUAGCCGCUGAUCUCUACCCACUCAAUGACUCUGUCAUUUCUACCCUCCAUGACAAAUCUAACCCUACAGUACAAGUCAUGUGUCGAGCUUACUUGAAAGCAGCCAGAAAGUAUCGGCAAGGCAGACUAGCAAGUCUAGUAGAAGUUGCAGAAGCUGUCGAGGAGUCAACGAGAAUUAGCCAUGGUGAUGUGAGGCAAGCACACCGCUAUCCGGAAACGCAUUUUGUGUUCCCGCAACACGGGGAGAAUGUUGAAGUAAUUUCUCCAGCGAGGUUUCAGCCUGUGUCGCAGAGGGUAGAGUCUUUGGUGGAUAUGUUGGCGGAGCAGGCUGUAAUGACGCGUCCAAUGGUGAGAUUUGCUGCUCCUGGUGAGCAGAACAGUGGUCUUGCUUCCUCCACUCCACCUGAGUUGCCAGCUCUGGAUGGAAUAGAUGCUGUUGAUGAUGAGGUUCCGCAUGCUGCUGCUGCCAGAGCAAGGUUCCAGGCUUCUUCCAACCACGAGGCCGAGGUCAGAAGACAGAGGAGAGAAGCCAUGGUCUUGCAUGAAGGCGGUGGUAUCAUUGGAAGUGACGAUAUCAUUCAUCCUCGUACAGAUAGUCGUCGACAAUGA